UUUAACGACGGCGGCGUCUACGCAGCGCCGCUGCUCCUGUCGGCGGGGCUCGACGACGCCAGCGACGCAUCAACGCGCGUCUACACGCACGCACACGCGAGCAGCCCUCGCGCGCGCUGCCUCUGUCGUCCACCGACUACCACGACUACCUUACUCGUCGUACUCCGCUCCGUCCGUCCGUCCGUUCGCUGCUGCUGCUUCUUCUUCUUCUUCUUCUUCCUCCUCUUCUUCCUCCUUUCUCUCUCUCCCCCGUAUUGCGCUCGCGUAUACCGCACGUUUCUCGCCCCGAGCACUCGGAGUGCGCGAGAGAGGUUCGCCGAGGCGCACUACGCGAAUCUUGUCGUGUGUGCGCGUUUAUAUAUACCUAUUUCUGUGUACCGUUAUACUCCUUCUCGCUCCCUAUUAUGCACGCACGCACGCACGCACGCACGUAACAGCAGCAGCAUACAUGUAGCCGCCACCGGGGUGCACACGUUUCGCCUUUCCCACGGGUGCGACGUCGUCACUGUAACCUCUCUCGACGACGGACGUUCCCUCGUAGCAGAGGGCGAGGUCCGUCUCUCUGUCCCUUUCUCACUCGCUCCUUUCCUCCUUCCGUCUCUCCCUCUCUCUUUUUCACUCCGCGCGCACUUCUUCACUCCCUCUUUGCACUUCCUCGCACUUUCUCACUCUCUCUCUCUCUCUCUCUCUCUCUCCCUCUCUUUGGUUAUUAUCCGUGUCGCUCUGUUCUUAUCCCGGCGCGCACGGAUGGAACCACCGGCGGCGAUGACACCGCCCGGAUGCGUCCCGGAGUCUUGGAUGGUCGGUCGGUCGGUCGGUCGGUCGGUCGGUCGCGCGUGUUCACCCGCGUAGUACUAGACGUACGGCGCGGCCAAAGAGAGCAGCUCUUACCAGAGAGCGACGUAGCGGCGACGAUGUUCGACGGCGACGACGACGACGACGACGGCGGCGACGACGAUCAGCUCCCCGGCUCGCGCGGUGUUGGGUGUGGUAACCCACCGGCGCUCCGUCUCCCUUCCUCGCUCGCUCGCUCGCUUACUCCUCGCGCGUUCUCGCCGUGCUCCCUCCUGCCCUCUCGCUCGCUCGCUCACUCGCUCCCUCUGUCUUGCUCGCGCGGCGACGGGCCCGAUUUUCCCUCUGUCGCGCUGUCUCCGUGAGCACACGCGAAAAAUUGCUGUUACUGUCGCUACUGUUAUCGCCGCCGCCGCUGCUCCUGUUGAUGGUGUCGAUGGUACUGUUGUUGCUCCGAUGCACCGAAUGACACGAAAACACGGCACGAGACGAGCGCGGCAUACGACGAUACGCGUGGUCACGUUAACGACGACGACAACGACGACGUGUCGAAUCGCCGCGAGGGAGAGAGACAGACGAUUUCACCGCGAUGCUUCGUCGUUCUGUCCUCUUUCUCUCUCUCUCUUUCUCUCUCUCUUCACCUAUAUAUCAAACUCUCUUUCUCUCUCUGUCUAUAUCACUGACACUGCUACUGCUGCUCUGCUCCUGCUGUUGGCGGCUGCUGCUGCUGCUGGCUGCACGAGCGCCCACACCUCUCGAACGGAGCAACUCCUUGCGACACGCGCCGCGCCCGUCCGGCGCGCAGCUUUUAUGAAGCGUCGCGCGAGCCGCGAAUCCUGUUAGACCAAACCAGAUUGGCGAAGCCCCGCGACACGGCACCCACGGCCAGCUCUCUCUCUCGUUUCGCUCGUGGCUGGCUGCCUGCGUAUCACCAGCACCGUAGGGCGCGGGGGGCGCGCACGUGUCCGCUAACAAGAUUAAAAUCGGCGAGUAGGAGGAGGCGCGGCCGCCACCCGCAGGGGAGGAGGCACGGAGAAUGUAAUGGCGCGGCGCUGCAAGCGCGCAGGUAAUCACGCAAUCCGCCUUAUCGACUAAGCGUGAUAGCGCCACAGUCGCAACGGCGAUCACUAUGGUGGCGCGACGAUGGGAGGAGAAUUCAAAAAGAAGAGCAUCGCGCGAAACAGCGGUUAAUACAGCCAUACAGCUUACACGUUGCUGCAAGUGUGAUAACAUUGAAAGUCCAUUUGGGGCCGCCUACGUCCUACGUGUUCGGACCUGUUCGCCCGUUAUUGUUUCGUUUUAAUCGUCGAUUGCAUCACAGUCGGCCUACCAGGAUAACCGUCGUCCUUCGUGCUUUGAUUUCUAAAACUGAUUGUGUUUACUGGCCGUAUCAUUCUCGCCUAUCCAAUCCAGGGAAUGGGUACCAAAAAAACAAGAAGUGAUAACAUUGAUCUAAUGUGAGAGAAGAUACACAAACAAGAAUCCUAGAAAGGUUCUGACAGAAGGAAAAGACAGAAGUCCUAGAAAAGUAUAUUGUGGAAAGUCUAUUAAUAAAAAAUUCAAAUGCUGUUAUACAAUUGAUCAACUUAUGGCUUAAGAAGUAAUUUAAGUCAACAGAUUUCAAUUCAGGAGAAAGAAGAGAAAUACAAUUAGAAAAAUCCCAAUCACAAUAAUAAUAAACUUACUAAGGUUUAAUUUCAUGCAGAUAAAAUGGCAGAACUUCUAAAGGAAGAUCCAGCAAGCAAUCCUAUUUUUUCAUGGGGGAUGAAAAUACAGAUUAUUACUCCUUCCACCCCAUCGAUUAUUGACAUUUCUCAUUUAAUGUAUGAAGAAUUAUUGUCUGACGACCAAUCAAUAGAAAAGAUUAUUCUGCCUGAAUACAUAGAUUAUUAUUGCACUGCAAUGGUCUGGUUUAGGAUUGUAUCAUUAAAACCUAAGCUUUUUCAGAGUACUACAUUCUUUGAAAAGCAUUUAUUGCUUCUGUUGGAACAAAAGGAAUUUGCAAUUCCUGAACCAUUGUUUAUGCAAUUAAAAGUGCUAGGGUCUGUUCAAAUUUCAUCUGAAAAGUAUUUAUACCCAAGCUUUCCAAAACUACCCACUGAGAAGAUUGAUUCUCAUGGGGGAUAUUAUGGGCCUAUUAAUGAAGAUACACACAAUUUGUAUGAAGAAAUUCCCUGUCUCGGUGUAUUAUCUGAAGCUGUUAGGAAAUCUGUUAGUGAAGCAGCUCCAGGACGAUAUAUUUCUGCUCUAAGUACAGAAGAUAUCUCUCCAAAUGAAAACCUACUUGGAUAUUUUCCAUUGGGUCAACGUCAUCCAGAAGCGAAGAAUCUUGCUUCUAUUUGCAACAUUACUGCUGAAAACUUUCCAGAAUUCCCUGCUGGUACAGGAAUCAACAUGCAAUUGUUAUCUCAAGUAUCAAAUUUUUUUGCUCAGACAAAGACCUUCACAGUAGAGACAGUUAACUUUAAAACUCUGACUCAACUUGGAUCAAUUAUACAAGCAACUAUCCAGAAGAACUCGGAACUUAUCGAUUCAGGAAUAUUGGAGAAGCGUGGCAAUUUAAUCGUCACUAGCUGCAAUAAUGAAAAACGAACUGUAGUGGGUGCAUCUAUCAUGUUUACUCCACAACUAUGGAAAACAAGUAGUGAGGAUGCAUCAAUUUGGGCGUGCAUCGAUGACCCACCUGAAGAUUACAUUACAUAUAGAAAUGAAAGACGUACUGAAGUACAACAUUACAAUAAAGAUUACAACUCCUAUUCACAACAAGGAAAUCGAUUUAGAACGAUGGUCAUAAAGAAAAUGAGAUACAAUAAUUUUACAAGUAAUUCAAGCUGCAGUCAACAGAUUCUAAAUCAAUCUCAGAAGGAAGAAGAAAAAUCUUAGGGAGGUCUCAUUACAACCAUAAUCAUAAUAAACUUAGUAGGUUUCAAUUUCAUGCUGAUAAAAUGGCAGAACUUCAAAAGGAAGAUCUGGCGAGCAAUAUUUUUUCACAGAUCAAAUUACACUAUUAAUGAUAAAAGAUGUACUGUAUUACAAGAUUACAAUGAAGUUUACAAUAAAAUCCUAUUCACAGAAUGUCAGUUUAGGGAGAUUAUUAUAAAGAAAAUUAUGUGAAAAAAUAUGUAGGCGAAAAAAUAAUUUUAUGAAUCAUUCUGAAGAAAACUCUCAUUAAGUUUGAAAAAAAAUGUAUCACGUCCUAUCGCUUUCUUAUAUUUCACAUAUAUUGUUUCUCUAGGUAUCUAUAAAAAUAUAUGUCACAAAACUAUUAAUAAUACUAUUUGUUUAGCGAGAGGAUUAAGUUUAGCAUAUAAGGCUUCACAAAGCUCAUAGUAUCGACAGACUUUUAGAAUACUGUCCAAGCUGUUAAUAAAUUAAAGUUUUAAGAAAGUGUGUUUAAAGAAUGUCGCGCUCGCAACCAUUUCUUAUUUAGACCAAUUUUAUAUUUUCACUGUCUGUUUUGUUUGUAAAAUUCCAGCUUUUUCUAGAGGUAUGGUAUAAACUUUGUAAAAGUGAAGCAACUUAUGGUAAUCAAUAUGUUAUAAUUUUGCAUCAUCAAUACUCUUUGAUAAUGAAUAAAUGUUAAAAGAAUGAUUGAAGAUAUGAAAUAGAAGAAAAAUGAUCAGUUACGUGUCCAUUAUAAUGAACCUUUAUUUCCAUUGUAGACAAUACUUUAGCUUUUACUUUUGCCUUAUUAACUAUCUAUUUUUGUCUUCCUAACUGUGUAUGUUAAUAUAUAAAAUAUUAAUCUUUAAAUAACACAUGGAUCAUUCAUGUCUAUAUAUAAACGAGUUUUUUUUUUAAGUGGAUAAUAGCAGAAUUUUAAUUAUUUUUCAAAUAUUGAAGGGAGAAGUUAAAAAUGGACUCGUAUGAUCCAUAUACGCUAUUAGAAGUUUUUGACAAAAUAUUUUUUUUUGUUAAAUGCAUUAUUGCUUUAUGCAUUUCGUAGUUAUCAAUCUGAAUGUUAAAAAGAUUUUUUUCUGUAUCUGAGACGAUAAAUAAUAAAAUUGAUGUCUAUGAUAAAAAAUGUUUAUUUUCAUUACUUUGUUAUAUAUCUUGUUUAUGUAUUUUUAAGUUUCGAUAAUAAAAUAAUCAUUUCUUUUCUAAGCUUUUUAAACAUUUUAAUUAUCAAAACCGAUACUAAAUAUCAUUUAUUUCUUUAAGAUUUUCUAAACUUGCACAAAGUGAAAAAGAAAAUUAUCUUCAUGCAUUGAAUACAAAUACGAAAGUUUCACUGCCUAUUCCAACAUGUGUGUAUAUCUAAGUAAUUGGCACCAUGAUUGGCACAUCUAUUUGAAAUUAUAGUUAUAUCGACGUUCUUUUUUUCUUUAGACGGAAUGUCUACGUCGAAAUUUUGUUAUCAUUUCAUGAUUCUUUUAAUAUAUGUAUGAUAGAUAAUUAGAAAUUGCGAUAAAAACAAUGUUUUCUUUUUUCUUUGUCUUCUCUUGUAUAACUUUUGUAUAAUCUUUUAUUUUGUAUAAUAUAUAUAUAUCCUUCAGAUGUACAGUAAAUAAGUUUAUUAUAUCAUAAAAAAAAUAUUUAGUGCAUAAUUAGUAAAAGCGUUUAUUUUUUCGAGAAAUUAAGUAAGAAGAACUUAUUAAUAAUCCGUGUUAAUUAAUUGCAUAACAAUAAAUCAAUCCUCGAAAUAAGUGAAUCUUUUUCAAAAAGAGCACUUGAACUUUUACAGUUUUAUGGACCAGCAUGAUAAAAUAAAGACGUACAAUUUCUCUCUAAGCUGAUAUUUUCUUUUAAUGCUAACGAUGUGAUAAAUAUGUACGUGUAUAUAUAUAUUAUUACAACACUAUUUAUUACACAAGAUGCGAAUACAAGAUUGUUUCGGCAGAUCUAACGAGUAUUGAUUGAGUCUACAAAAGUUUCGGGGUUGGAUCGUUAUGUAUUCGUUUCCUGACGACAUGAAUAGAUACGGUAGCGAUAAUAACCAUAGCAAUAUAUAAUAACAAUAGUAAUAAAAUAAUAUAAUAAUAAACGCUCUCUCGUCGCUAUCCGAUUUUCUACAUACAUGUACAUGAGAUUUGCGGAUUCAAGUGAAUAAAACCUGCGCACAAAAAAUUCAUAAAUAGACUUCGCUGACAAAAUUCGCGGUGCUCCAAAAGGCGGAGAAACAAGAAAA